ACCGGGGCUGGGCUCACCGGGGCUGGGCUCACACCGCCUCUGCUCCAGCACCGCCCUCUGCCUUUACAACUCGGUUUUCUGUGUCCUUAUCCUGUUCUGAUUUGAUUGGGAAUUAAUUUUCCCCCAAGUCAAGUCCGUUUUCCCCAUGCUGGUAACGGCACACUCUCCCUGGCCUUACCUCCACUCAGGAGCCUUUUAUUUUUUAAUGCAGCUCCUUUCAAGCCCCUGAGCUGCCUCAGUUCUGACACUGACUGAAGAGAUUAACUGGACUGAUAAGUGGCUGCUUUGCAGCCAACUGCUGUUGAUAUUUUUGAAAGAGGAACCUGUAAAACUAUUUCUUUAUAAGUUGCUGGUAAGAAGGACUGUGGAAGCUUUCCCUCGUUGUCUCUUCCAAACAGCUGCCCAAGGCACGUGGCUGACCCGAGGCUGCUGGAGGAUGCAGUGAGCCUCAGGAGGGGUCUCCAGAGCGGGGAAGGGCUCCUGGAUGCUGAGUUCCUGCAGCUGCUGAUACCUGCCCAGGUGCUGGGGACACGAGAUAGCAGCGAGCUGUGGAUGUGGAGAGUCCCCGGGCCAGCACUGCAGAUCCACGCGUGGCCGUCCAUGCCCACGUCCCCCCGCGCAGCCGCAGCCGGGGCAGCCGCAGCCGCAGCAGCUGGCGAUGCCGAACAGCAGCCUGGCCCUGGGCAGCCUGCACGGGCUCUACAUCGGCACCGAGUGCCUGGUGGCCCUGCUGGCCACGCUGGGCAACGUGCUGGUGAUGUGGGCGGUGAGGCUGCAGGCGCUGCACAACACCACGCUGUACUUCAUCGCCUCGCUGGCGCUGGCCGACGCCGCCGUGGGGCUGCUGGUGAUGCCGCUGGCCGUGGUGGUGAGCCUGGGCAUCGCCAUGCCCGCCUACAGCUGCCUCUUCCUCUGCUGCCUGCUGCUGGUGUUCACCAACGCCUCCAUCCUGUCCCUGCUGGCCAUCGCCAUCGACAGGUACCUGCGGGUCAAGCUGCCCACCAGAUAUAAAAUAAUCACCACUGAGAGGAGGGUGUGGUGGGCCCUGGGGCUGUGCUGGUGCCUGUCCCUGCUGGCAGGGCUGGUGCCCAUGUUUGGCUGGAACCAGGCAGGCCCCAGCAGCUCCAGCCCCCUCCGGUGCCACUUCACGGCCGUGAUGAGGAUGGAUUUCAUGGUGUAUUUCUGCUUCUUCACCUGGACCCUGCUGCCCCUGCUCAUCAUGUGUGCCCUGUACGCAGAAAUCUUCUACAUCAUCCACACAAAGCUCAGCCAAGGCACUGCUGGGAGAGGGGCUGGGGCUUUCUAUGGCCAGGAGUUCAAGACAGCCAAGUCUCUUGCACUUGUUCUCUUCCUGUUUGCAAUCUCCUGGCUGCCUCUGUGCAUCAUAAACUGUGUUUCCUAUUUUUACCCCGAGUCUCAGAUCCCCCCCUAUUUGAUUUACUUGGCAAUCCUUUUAUCCCAUGCCAAUUCUGCCAUGAACCCCAUUAUCUAUGCCUACAAGAUAAAGAAGUUCAAAACCACAUACCUUUUCAUUUUAAGGACCUAUAUCCUGUGCAAAAAGCCAGACCCAGCUCUUACAGAGCAAACAACAGACCCACAGUCAUAAAUAAAGGUCCCAGAGCAUGGAUAAAGCACCUGGCUUUGCUAAGAAACUCUUGGGAAACUGCAGGACCUGUGGAUCUGAAGCUGCUCUAAAGCUGUAUGUGAAUAUAUGUCUUUAUGUAAUAUAAUUUCUGAACACAGAAGAUGGACAUUUUGUCUAGUUGGGAGUUUGGGAUUUUUUUAACAUGAGGAUUGGUUGAGUUGAUUGAAAACCAGGAUGUGUUCUUUGCUGUUCAUAAUCCAGCAGCUCACAAGCUCACUGACUGUUCUCACUGCAUUUGUCUUGUCUGUCCAUUCAGAUUUAACUCUAGUCAGUUUGUGCUUCAGCCAGUGUUGUCAAUUUUCAUGAGUAAUAAUAAAUAGUAGAUGGAUUUUACAUUA